AGUUCACCAAACACAACGACAGGCGGUUGAGACAGAAAUCAAAACGCAAGCGCCACUGCCUCCUCCUACGCUCCGAUCUGAUCCACCUACCCAAUUCCCUCUCUGUACCGAAUCCAAUCUUCCCAGGCUUACUGCUUUGAGGUUUUUUGCUUCCAGUCAUAUCUGCAGAGGAAGCAUUUCUUUCGAUUGAGAUGCCCGUAGAAUUACCACUUUCUUUGGAUUCAUCUAGCCAGAUUUCCACUCUGAAAGAUUCUAGAAAUGGACCUUGACACUGAAAGCGUCCAUCUUGAAGAAAUUUCAUCCUAAGCAGGGAGGUUGCUCACAUUUUUAGCUGGUGGAAAAUCCUGUUAGAGUGACCAAAAGCUAGUUGUUGUGGGCUGCGUUCAAUCCAUCGGGGUGAUUUAGGAAAUGAGUCUUUUUGCGGGAGGAGAGUUGGCUGGUUAAUUAGGAAUUCGAUGGAUCAGAGAAUGCAGCAACGUGGUAGUAGUACAAUGGAAAGUGUAUCCACUCUGGAAGUUAUCAACAGAGAACAGGAAUAUGAGCCGUUCAAUAUUGAAAACGAGACCAGUAAGGAGACAAAAUUCUCUAGCAAUUUCAAUGGUGGUUCCAAUUCCACUGAUAACCUUCAACAGUUACCUAAAGCUUCGAAGGAUGUCAUCUCUGCGGCUGAUGUGCUAAAAACAUUGUUCUUUAUUCUUGUAUGGUAUACUUUCAGCACAUUUUUGACCCUGUACAACAAAACUCUUUUAGGAGAUGAUCUGGGGAAAUUUCCUGCUCCCUUGCUAAUGAAUACAAUUCACUUUUCUAUGCAAGCUGUUUUAUCCAAGAUGAUCACAUGGUACUGGUCCGAAAGAUUUCAACCUGGUGUUACCAUAUCAUGGAGAGACUAUUUCGUUAGAGUUGUACCAACAGCACUUGGAACAGCCAUGGAUGUCAACUUAAGUAACGCAUCACUUGUAUUCAUAUCUGUUACAUUUGCGACAAUGUGUAAAUCUGCAGCCCCGAUAUUUCUUCUUCUGUUUGCUUUUGCGUUCAGGCUGGAAUCUCCAAGCCUUAAACUUUUUGGUAUCAUCUCAGUAAUCUCUGCUGGUGUUCUGUUAACAGUUGCAAAGGAGACAGAAUUUGAGUUUUGGGGUUUUGUUUUUGUUAUGCUUGCUGCUGUCAUGUCUGGUUUCCGCUGGUGUAUGGCACAAGUUCUUUUGCAGAAAGAAGAAUAUGGCCUGAAAAAUCCAUUUACCUUUAUGAGUUACGUGUCCCCGGUGAUGGCUUUGGUGACCGGUCUUCUUUCACUUCUAUUGGAUCCAUGGAGUGAAUUUAGAAGCAACCAAUACUUUGAUAGUCAACCACAUAUAGCGCGGAGUUGCUUCUUGAUGUUUUUUGGCGGAGCACUGGCGUUUUUUAUGGUAUUAACAGAGUACGUUCUUGUUUCUGUGACCAGUGCUGUAACCGUCACAAUAGCGGGUGUCGUUAAAGAGGCUGUCACCAUAGUGGUUGCGGUGUUUUACUUCCACGAUGAAUUCACGUGGUUGAAAGGUGUCGGUCUGAUCAUCAUCAUGUUUGGUGUCAGCCUGUUCAAUUUGUACAAGUAUAAGAAACUACAGAAGGGGCAAAACCCGGAAGAUGGGAAGAGUCUAUCCACUUCGAACCAGACAGGAAAAUACGUAAUUCUCGAUGAGAUGGAUGAUCAUGAAAUUGGUGUCUAAGAAAUUGGUGCCAUUGGCUUUUGUGGUAAAUCAUUGGACAGGUUUUGCUCGAGGAGGAUGAUCAGGAAACGGUCCCGGCGGCUGAAUUGCAAGUAUGAUUUUUAAUUCGUCGAUUUUUCGUUCUUCGAUCUAGCUUUCUGGAGAUGCAGAUCUUGAUAUACAUAUAUAGCCGGUUGCGAUCCGAUCCUUUUAUUAGCCGUAAAGAUUCCAUUUUUUUUUC